CUGGUUUGGUGAGCGGUCAAACUCGUGACGUCGUUGACUCCGUUCCGAUAAGUCGCAACGAUCACUCUCCCACUACUCUCUCGAUCGAUCGAUCGAUUCCGUCAAUGGGAACUCCGAAGCUGUCGAUCGAUGCCGUGAGAUCGAAAGCGAAGAACGCAUCGCUACUCUGGUUCCAUGGCUUCAAAGAAGCUUGCUGCCUCCACAGAGUCGUAGUUCUCUGUCUAAGGUCGAGGAAGCUUUCGAUCAGGACUGGACAGUGUUUUCUCUUGAACGGGUUCAUAUUUCUGGGAAGCAUGUUUGUCUUGAAAUCGAUGGUCAUUCCGACACUCCAGUGGAUAUUACCUGAAAAUUGCUCCCAGAUCGAUCUUCAAGAUUCGUGUUCGUCUGGUGUUGUUUUUAAGCUUUAUUCCUUCCUUCGAGCUGGACUAAUACAAUUGUUCUACGUCUUUUGGUUCUAUCCUCUGUACAUAUUUAGCUUCAUUUUGAGCACUCUCUGGUACAAUGACAUAGCUAAGUAUGGAUUUGCUGCUAUGAGAGGAUAUGGGUCAGUUGCAGAAGAAUCCUCAAGCCAAAAGGAGUCUACGACUAAGCAAAGUUCAGUACAAACUGAAAAACCAACUGGUCUUGGAGGGGUCAUGAUUGGAAUAGGCGAACAGGUGUACUCUGUGCUACUUUUGAGCUUUUUUUUCCUUGAGGUAUAUGCUAUAGGAUUUAUACCCUACAUUGGGAAGGCACUCAAUUUCCUGCUGCUUUCCUGGAUGUAUGCCUACUACUGUUUUGAGUACAGAUGGAACUUUUCUGAAGUGAGUCUGGAGAAGAGGCUCGAUUUCUUUCAAACCAACUGGGCAUUUUUCGCUGGUUUUGGAAACCCUUGUGUGUUGGCUAUUUUCUUUUUCUCGCCACUUGUGAGCUAUGGGGUUAUGGCAGUGCUCUUCCCACUGUUUGUCUUGACAGCAACAAGUUCAAGGGCUGAAGAAGCUCUAUAUUCUGAAAGAAGAAAUUCGAUAAGUGCUGGAAUAGGAAAGCUUCCCAUCUUCUAUGCAGCUGAUGCUUUGUCCAUGUGGGUCUUGUCUCUCAUCUCCUUGGACUCGCAAAAUCGAGUUCAAGAUGUGAAGACACAGUAGAAUAUUCUGCGCGGAGCCAAAUUUGAUUGGCAAGGUUAUUGAGUCAACAUCGUUUCAUCGGAGAGUUCUGCACAUAUUGAUGGUCCUUUUCCUCGGUAACUCUUCACUUCAAGUGACGUGACCAUCGCGAAACAGAGCCUAGAGGGACGAAAAAUCCAGAACGCCUGCUGAAUCUCGGUCGUCACUGUGUACAGAAGACAUGCAAAUUCCACUCGAAGCAAACCACUUUGUAGUUUUACCUGAUAUGAUGUUUGCUUCGACUUGUAAUUACUGUAUUUAUUAUGAUUAAUUGCACGCGCGUGGUUCUUAUCAAACAAAGUGGUUAAUGAAGGGAAACAGAUUGUAUAGUUGGAUUGGAUACCUUGUAGCAAAACUAGCAAGUCCGCAUACGUUCCCGCUCCA